AAAUCAAUACUUUAGUUAUACCAAAACCACACACCACUUCAGUUCAUAACAAUAUUUCAUCCACCAUUUUGUUUCAUUCAAUUUGAAACAUGAAUCAAAGAUUUGAGCAAGUGGAAGGCGGGUACAUUCCGCGACCAGGUGCAGUCCCACAAAACAACCCAGUUUUUGGUCAGCAAAAUCAAAAUCAAAAUCAAAAUCAAAAUAUUCCCUACGGAGGAAAUGUCCCUCCUCACCAACAACUUCAUCAGGAACCCUAUCAAAUUCCAUACUCUCCGCCCCCCAUGAGCCGCAGUCAUACUAAUACUGUUCAGAUGCCAAAAAUAUCGUGUCAAUGUUCCGCUAUCCGGUGCGACAACAUUGUUAAAGUGUUUCUUUCCGAGGCGUUCGCCACCGCCAUUUUGCUCUUUGUCGGCUGCUCGGGGAUGUGGUUUAUGCCGAUAACCUUUGGCGUUGGCAUCGCUAUUGCCACACAGGUUUUCGGCGAUAUCAGUGGAGCACAUAUAAAUCCGGUCGUUACACUUGCUGCUGUCAUAAUGGGUCGUAUUGAUAGUAUUCUCUUGGUUCCCAUUUAUCUUGUCGCACAGUUUUUGGGCGCGUUGGUUGGCUGCGGUCUUCACUACAUGAUUACAGUAGACCAUACCAUACUGGACUCCUUCUGCGUUCUGAAACGGCCACCAGGGGAGUUAGUGCUUAGUGACGACGGCAACGUAUUUGGAUUUGAAUUGCUCAUGAGCUUCAUCUACAUCCUGGCAUUGUGCGCGCUGUGGGAACAGCACGAUCGCACCGAGGGCAACUCAUCGUUACCCUUGAAGCGUGGUAUUUUCUACACGGGUAUCGUGAUGUGCUGGUUCUGGGGAUUCGGCAUGCCGCUCAGUUUGAAUCCAAUGCGCGCGCUAGUGCCAAUCAUCGUUACCCCCACACAUAAUAAUUAUAAUAAUAAUAAUGAUUUGCCAAUCGACACACCUUCAGUUUGGGAUGAUCAAUGGAUUUAUUGGGUGGCGCCCAUUUUAGGAUCACUGAUUGCUUGUGUCUUCUACAAACUGAUGAGAUUUUUGCAACAAAGGACCAAACGCUACGAGUAAAUCAAGUCGUUUCUUGCUUGUAUUCCAUAGCCAGAUUUAAUAAUAUUAUGUCUAUAUCCAUGUUAAUUAUAUAUUUGCAUACAAA